AUGGCAUUUGAUGGAACCUGGAAAGUAGACCGAAGUGAAAACUAUGACAAGUUCAUGGAAAAAAUGGGUAAGAACUUCAUUUCUUGCUGGCUGUGUUAAUGUGGUGAAAGGAAGAUUGCAGCUCAAGAUAAUUUGAAACUGACAAUUACACAAGAAGGAAGUAAAUUCACUGUCAAAGAAGCAAGUACUUUUCGAAACAUUGAAAUUGUUUUCGAACUUGGUGUCACCUUUAAUUACAGCCUAGCAGAUGGAACUGAAGUCAAUGGGAACUGGCACCUUGAGGGAAGUAAACUUAUUGGAAAUUUCAAACGCGUAGACAAUGGAAAGGAACUGAUUGCUAUCCGAGAAGUUGUGGGUGGUGAACUAAUCCAGACUUACAAGUAUGAAGGAGUAGAAGCCAAGAGGAUCUUGAAAAAGGAAUAA